AUGGGAAUCCAAACCGCCUUUUCUCAAUCAAGUGAUUCUCCUUCGGGACCUAAGCUUAUACAACAACUCUGCAAAAGAAACCGUUAUCAAAGCCUAUGCAACUCUACUCUCAGUCAUGAUCCUAGAAGCAAAGCCGCUAAUCUACAAGGGCUAGGUGCGACGAUAAAGACAGUGAACGAGUCGUUAACUUAUUUUAUCUCCGUUUUCGAUAAAAUCACUCUCCGUCCAGCAUAUGAGAUAUACGGAACUUGCAUUGAGGAUUACGGUAGGUUGAUUGAUAGGCUUUUACCGACGGUUUUGGCUGAUAUAAAGGCUAAGAAUUAUACUGAUGCGAUGUCUAACAUGGAAGACAUUGUGUUCGCACCGAAUCAUUGUGAGAACCAAUUCCCUGCUGGAACUGCUCCGUUGCCCGUGACCCAACAUAACAAAGCCGCCCAUGAUAUCGCCGAUAUGACUGCUGAUAUCAUCAAAACGUUUGUCCAUUAG